AUGCCUGGAGAAACUAUUCUAGAUUCAGUGUCAAGACGACUUCCAACCGUUAAGUCUGUUGGGAACAAGAGUUCUGGACGUGAUUCAACAAAAACCCCAAUCAAAGUCCGUCGGGAUGAAAAACACUUGUGUCCUUAUUGCAAUUACUGCACAGGCAAAAAAUAUCUUCUCCAACGUCAUUUGAAAUCGCAUUCAACGGAGCGACCACACAAAUGUGCUUAUUGUUCAAAUACAUUCAAAACAACAGCACAAUUGCAAAACCAUGUCAACACUCAUCUUGGUAUUAAACCAUUCCAAUGUAAAUUUUGUGAAUACAAAUUCACAACCAGUGGUGAAUUGAUUCGUCAUGUUCGUUACAAGCAUACACUUGAAAAGCCUCAUAAGUGUGAAGAAUGUGGCUAUGCAACUGUUGAAUUAAGUAAACUUCGACGUCACAUUCGAACACAUACAGGCGUAAGUGUUUCCUAUGUGUCUGUUUCAUCUCUUGAUUAUUUCUNUGGUUAUGAUGACUUUGAAACAGCUGAUGAUUAUCUUAUGAAUAAGCCAACUCCUCGCGCUCGUCAAUUACAAAAAGCUCGUCGAACAAUGUCGAAGAAUUCGUAUGAUGAUUCAUCAUAUCUUGAUGGAUCAAUAACGAAAAGAGAGUAUUUGUACAACUCUAAUUACGAUAUGAAAGAUCAAUAUGAUAAUGAUAUCGAUUAUAAAAACGAAAUGGAAACAGGUGAUACAUUUGUUGAAAUGAUCGAUGAUGAAGAUAAUUUUCUCGAUGACGAUGAGAACGAUGUUAAACAAAAUGUUAUCAAAUAUCGUUCAUCAACGCAAAAAUUGAUUUAA